AUGAAUUUCAAUAAACGAUUUUAUUUCUUGGUCCUCGUAAUCUGCAUCAUUCUUGCAACAUGCACUUACUCAGCACCUGUACCUGGUGGUGAUGAUGACAAGAAGGUAACAAUUAAGAUUGAUGCUGAUGAUAUUAAAGUUACAGAAGAUGAGAAAAAAGAGGAAUUCACCAUUAAAGUACCAUUUAGUAUUACUAAUUGUCCAAAAGGAGACAAGAUCGAUGCCUCAAUUAAACUCAAAUCAGGUGAUGGCACGAUCUCGGGAGAUGCUAAGAAGACUGUAGAUGCAGAUGACAAGUCUGUAUCAUUCACAGUUUGUGUUAAAGAUGGUAAAAAAGCUACUUUCACUGUCACUUUAAAGGACGAGAAAGCAAAAGCCUCUGUAGAUGUUACUAUUGAUGAAGGAAAAAAGAAAAAGGAUUAA